CCGAGUCAAUGCGCAUGUCAAGUUGAAAAUUGCAAAUGGCGUCCGUUGUUAUUGUUCGUACCGAAUAACUAUUUGUAAAAUAUAUACUAUUCUUUUAGCGAUUUUUCUAAUGGACUAUUAUAUUGAUGCGAUGCUUUAACUUCCCAUGAUUCGGCGCGACACGUUUUAUGUACGUUUUAAUGUGUUUUGAGUGUUUUUUUCAUAUUCUAUGUGUGUCAUGCAAAUGGGGUAAGCUGGAAUUAUCGGAUGUCGCUUAGGUUGUUUUGGAUAGUUUCAAUAAGAAAAUGGAGUGAAGUUCUGUGACCUACAGUGUGAAAAUGAAACCUCCGUAAAGUAAAUUAAUUACCGCGUUAAGUUUAGAUCGAAGCAAGAGACGGGAACGGCUGUAAUUUACUAAUGUUCCAUGCCGUGACUGCACUCCCCGUACAUUUCAAAAUGGCUGCUGCUCUUCACGAUAUAUGAGCUUUGCGUCACUGAAAUAUAAAUCUGUGGUUUUGAUUCGUGAAGAAAUUCGAGUGUUACAUGUCGAGUGAUUCCAUGUGAAAACUCGAAAUUAUUCAAAGGACAGUGCCCCGGGAGAACCUGGGGCGGGACAAUAGUGGCAUAUCAUAUGUUUUGGCUGUAGUGGACACUGAGUGACCAUAGGACCGAUAUUGCCUUGCGUCCGAGCCGGACUGUAAUGUUGCGCUUGAUUUUACAGGAUGAUUUGGAACACAAGACAAUAGAACUUGUGUGUUAUUGAGCGGAAUGUGACAUUGUAUGAUAGUAUGGCAGCGGAUAGCGAUGGGCUAGGCUCGGCGGGCGGUGGCUCGUGCGGCGUGGUGGUGACAUGUGAGGGUGAUCUGCGUGAUCCGAGGUUUCCCGCGCGACUCCGCCGCCUGUUGCGCGAGCUACGCGCCUUACUCGCCGAGCCGCAUCCGCACACGCUCAAAGUUAACAAGGUGGAGCCUUGGAACUCUGUGCGCGUGACUUUGUCGGUGCCGCGGGCGGCGGCGGCGCGAUUGCGGGCGCUGGCCGCCGCGGGGGCGCCGCAACUGCGUGCGCUCGGCAUCCUCUCAGUGCAGCUGGACGGAGACGCGGCCGUGUCGCUGCGGCUCCAGCAUGGUGCCGAGCUACGUAUCAAUACUGAUGCUGAUGAAGCGAGCACAUCACGAUCACAAUCGAAUGAGCUGCUGGCCGGCUUGGGCGGUAUCGGUCGACUGAUAGCCGACGAGGGCGCAUCCACCAGCUCGGAACCCCCUCAGAAUAACUUUAAAUCGCCGAAUACAGUGUGUCCAAUGGAUGGCAAAAUACCGCAGAACAUUCCCACCCCAACCACAGAUCGCUGCGAAUUCCCUUUUGGCAGUAUGACUCAAGCGAGGGUUAUACAUCGGAAGGAGAAUACCUUAGGGAUAGGUGGCUGCGCCAAUACGCUCAGACCUGGUACAGCGGAGCAAUUCGCGCGGCCGUCAACAUCUUUUACUGCUCCCCCACCGCCCUACCCCGCGCCCCCAGCGACCCCUACGACGCCGACACCAUCGUCGGCUCCUACAGUGGCCAUGUCGUCGCCCCUGCUAGUAAACCUAUUGCAGAAUGACGCGCCAGCGCCUCAACCGAGGCCGAAACCAGUGCCUCAUCCUGCGAAACUUGAUCGGCUGGAGGACUCUCAGGUGGAACUAGCAGUCGGUCGCGCGCCUUUCGAAUACCGUGGAGGCCGAGCUACCACUCCCCGACCAACAGUACCAAGUCCGGCUCCUCCCGCUCCUCGGCCUGCUCCCCGGCCGGCGGCACUCAUUCGUCGCGCUUUUCCCCCUCGUCCCCCACCGUCGCCGAUACCAUACCGCGCACCAGUGCCCAAUGCAACUGUCGUAGGGCGAGCGAGGUUUCCUUCACCCUCCUAUAGUACAGAAACCUUCCCAGCUCCACCUCCGCCGCCUUAUAGGCAACAGGCCGUGCCCAGACCGAGGCAGUUGCAGCCGAGGGUAACGCCAGAAGACCUUCAAGCGUUGCUACCACCUCCUACUACUUCGAUGGACCAGAAAACUCAAUCUAGUUUUCAGGAAUUCCAGAGGUACCAACAACAGUACAACGCAAGGCAACGUGCCGCCUCUCGUGCAGCUUCACAGCCGGACUGGAAUGAGCCCUAUCGGGACACGUUGGGUUUAUCGAUCCCUGAUCUCCCAGACAACUGUGACCUCGAUCAGCUGUUACCGACCCUAGGCGGGGACCUCAACCUCGACGAUACAACCUUAUCGGCCAUUUCGGAUCUCGAUGCCAACACGAAACUAGAUCUACUCUACGAUACUCCACAGGAAUCAAUGCCUAACACCACAGAGUCAACUCCAGACUCUCUCCUUCAAGAAAUCACUGGUGUUCAAUACCCCGGUCCGACUUUAAAUGGGCCUUAUAAUCCUGAAAUGGCUCCUACCACGAGUCAAACAAACGUGAAUAGUGAUGUGCCUUCUAAAUCCGCGGAAUCGUUCGACGCGAAUUCGGAGACGGCAUUUAUGCCGCCGCCACCCGUGCCUCCGCAGUCGACUUCCAAAUUCCAUGUAAAUUCCCCAAACCAUACGAUAGUUAAUACGCAACAUACGCCUUUUAAAUCGCCUCCUCCUAAUGCUGCGUAUUCGGCGUCGCCAAGCAGCAUGAAUUCCGACAGAAUGACGGACAGGAGCACAAAUCAGUCGUCAUCGAUGCCGCCGCCAAUGAGACUUCCAAUUAGAGCUAUGACAUCAGUGUCUACGGCUACCGUUGGCUCUCAGGCGACAGCCCAAGAAAUUGAGGAGCAAAGUAAGCAGUACCUGAUCAAAACUCUUAUGAGAGAUGACGAUACUCCACCCCCUAAAGAGCAAGAAAAGAAAGCUGAAGAAGUAACAGUUGCACAGUGUAAGGUUAAAGAAAACCCUACUGAAACGGCACCAGAAAUAUUCGGCAUUGCAAAAGUUAUAGAAGACGAUAGUAAAAGGGAAGAUGAUCUCAAAACUAAAAACAAGAUCAUUAAGAAAGAAAAAGAUGAAAAAUUGCUGGCUCAGAAAGGAGGCAAGCCAAGAACGGGCGGCGCAAAAGAAAAGCCUGCUACAUUAAAAGACAAAAUUGUAAGGGAUGGAAAAUCUACCAAAGUUGCCUUACCGCGGCCUCAUGUCGCAAAACCUGCUACUCCUUUGACUGAAGCACCGAAAUCGCCUUCUGGAGAAAAGGAGUCAAUAAAAUUAAGGUUAAAGCUUGACAAGAACGAACCUAUAGUUCAGCCUGUUUAUAAGGCUGAUGUUAGUUUUGUCAACCAACAAUUGAAAGGUGAAAAACCCAUAGAAGGUGAGCUUAGGGUACCGCCUUUACAUAUCAGCCUUAGAGGUCGAAAUUCAGCAGUAAUAAAGAACUCCAAAAAAGAAAAGAAAAAGUUUGGCCCAGGAGACCUUCACUCGAAGAAGAUUAAAAUAAGAAAAUCUCUGGAAUCCGAUGAAAAGUCACACAGGCGAGACGCCGAUGAGUCGUUAGCUUCGAAGUCGGGAGAAAGCACUGAAAACUCAAAGACUGAUGAGUAUUUACAUGUUAAAAACAUUAAAUUGAACAAUCAUUAUGAGGGGGAGGCUAUCAAAACUGAGAUUGCAGGUGAUCACAAUGUCGUGUACAGAAUGAAGACAUUGUCGAAGAAUGCUCACAUAGUGACAAAGUCAUGCGAUUACAAGGUCUUCAACAACAAGGGACAGUCAUUAGAUAGUUUGAAAAUGAAAAAGAAGUCCAAAAUGCUGAGUGAAAGUGGGAAAUCGACAGAGAAGGAAAGGGACAAAGAAUGGAGGAAUGACUUGCUAGAUAAGGAGGGGAAAUAUGCCCAGAAUGAGGGCUACAGAGAGACACCAAACAAUCACGAUGUGAAAAAGAAGUUACCAACGUCAAAAGUUGAGAAGGAUGGUGCAAAAUGUGAUAACUUAAAGUCCAGUGAGGUGAAGGCAGUGUUGGACACUGAAUACAGUGAAGUGAAAUCUGGUGCUAGUGAUUUGGACAACAGGUUAUUAAAGUGUCAUAAGAAUAUUGAACGGACGCUCAGUGUUGACGAAGAGAAGUUUGAUUGUGACGAGAAUAAGUUGAAAAGGACACUCACUGAUAGUGCGAUAACAUCACCCAAUGGACUGAUCUCUUCAGAGAAGAAGAGGAAGACCAGCCAUAGUUCCUGUCCAGAUCCCCCUGGUUCGACAAACAUAGGCACAAUAGGCGGCAGUCGCGUCGACUCGCCGCCACCCGCCGCUAGUCAGCGCUCGGGAGCUCUCUCCCCGCGCCGCAAAGAGAGGCCCAAGGAUAAGACUUACUGCAAACUUGUGGCCGAGAGGACGGCUCGACCGGACGCCGACAAGUUCGGUAAUAGUAGGUCGCCCAAUUCACAAGCCCAAGGCGAAGACUCUGGGAUUGAAUCUAUGGAUGCACUCUCAGAGAAAUCUCCUAAUCAAGCCAGUCAAUCUCCGCCCGGUCCUCAAAGAAAAGAACGCCUAGACAUGCCUAGAUCGACCAGCCCGACGUCAGUGCAAAGGAUAAUAGGUGUAAUAGAUCCACCGCCAGCGUCGGAUGAGCUUCUAGAGAGGUUGUCGCUAGCGACGGGGCAACCGCAUUACGAUCCCGUACCGCCCGAUAUAGAUGAUAUGGGCGAUAUCGAGGCGGAAUUGGCGAAAAUGCAUGCAGACCAUAUAAAUGGAGACGACGCGCCAAGAAGGCCGCCCGAAGAAAUACCACAAACCAAAGAAGUGAAAAGAGAAGCUACUCCUAUUCUCAGGGACGAGGACAAAUCUACGCAGAGCAUAAAUAGAGGAGAUUGUAAGAGUGAAUUGAAAACAGAGCUAACAACAAAUGAUACCGAAAUAAAACUCGAUUCUAAUAUUGCUCAAAAGGAUGAAUCACGUAAAGAAGAAACGAUUGUAUCGCCGAAAAAAGAGAAAGGCAUGGACGACUUUGAUCACUUACCGAGCAGAGUCUCCCCGCCUUUAUACACGUACUCAAAUCAGGAAAAAGUUUGUGCGAACGAUUCUUUGGAUUCAGAAGAAAAUAAGUGUGUCGUUUCAGAAAAUGGCGAACCAAAAGACAAUGGGACAGAAAUGAAGGAAAAGCAAGAACCGAAGAUGGAAAGGUUACCUCUUAAGGCUGAUUUUCCAGAUAAGAGCUUAUUAGAACAAUUACUAAUAGAAAUUCCUACACCGGAUUAUGUUGGUAAGAGGCCGGAGUCGCCGUCUCCUUCGACUUUGGAGAGAGUCGCUAGAAGUAGUGUCCGGACGAGGUCGAGUAGUAAAAUGAACAGUCCUGCAGACGGACCCAAAACGCCACGGUUAAGUCCAGGAAUUAGCAAACUCGAGCGGUCCGAUUCGCCCGCUUUGCAACCAAGAAAUUGUCUUAGAAGUGGUUCAGUAGAUAAGACGAGUCCGCGAACGGUAAAUGCAAUGGUAGCAGCAGCCAAACCGGUGCCUGGUGGGAAACGAAAAAGACGGGAGUCGGAGAGCUCCUGUGCAUCGACCAUCAGCUGUGAAGAAGGCAUCUCCCCGGGUCGGCCCAAGAAAAAACCGAGACGCAUCGACCAGAAAAUGGUGAAUCCGGUCGUGGCGAUCGAUGGCAAAGUUAAAAAAGAGUCUGAUAGUGAUAGCGAUGAACCAUUAAUAUGCAAGGUUCGGGGGAAGGGAGUAAAAGCAGUAAAGCCUGGGGUGAAAGUACCAAAAGGAGCGGAAGGUGUGGGGACUAGACGGUCAGUGCGGCACGGUCCGACGCCCGCCCCAGCUGCUCCUGCGCCGCCUAAUAGCACACCCGUGAGACGGAAAACGAGGAGUGCGGUGGGCGAAGGAGGCACCCCGAGCGCCGGGGCGGUGCGGCGGCGGCGCGCGUCCCGCGACGGCAAGUGACGGCGGCGACGCGCGGGCUGUACCGCGCCCUCGCCCCCCCUCGCCUUGCCGCUGCCGUUGCCUCUGCCGCUGCUCUACCCGCUCGAAUGACCCUCUCGCCUCGCCCUGCACCUACACAUCUGCCCGAUCGAGACGCCUCCGUCGACCUCGUCAGCCGACCGUGCGAGAACGUACCGUCGAAUGUUCUCGAACAGUUCAGAUGUCGUAUGCAAACAGGGACGGAAUUGACGUCCGUUAGCACUGAAUCUAUUCGAACCGUGGGAUUAGUGAAUAUAAGUGAUAAUACAAUACUAUUAGAGGAUGUGACGCGACCUCGGUGCCUGGAAGCUGGAAGCGCGACACGAAUGACAAAUGUGGUCAGUUAUCAGGAAAAGUGCUUUUAUCGUGUGCAAAAGUUUAGUGGAAUUUUUAAAUUUUAUGAAUCUCAAGAGUUUGUAAAAUAAAAAAGAAUAUUGUGCAAUAAAAAUGAGAAAGAUAAUCCUUUGAGGAAUAUUAACAGAGUUAAAUAUGUGUGCUUUUUAUACUAUGUAAUUGACGCGGGUGGGUAUGAUAGUUACGUGAGAAGUGUUCAACCUUGUUCCUGAUGCACCGACAGUCAACCCGACCGGGCGCGAGACGUUUUAAGGACUGUUUAUUAAAUUAGUGAACAAAUCAUGUUACCAUUCACUAUAAAGCACUCGACGUUUUGUUGGUAAUUGUAAGUUUAUUUCUUCUAUCGAGUAUUUUUAAGAGCGUCUUUUUACCAUAAGGCUGGACUCAGUAUAGGAGUCGAAAGCCAAAAGUGGAGCCUUAGUUUAGUGUAUAGAGAUGUAUCAUUGUACAAAAGAGCACUCGUCUAAUAGGCACAUUGUUAUAGGAUAAAUACCGAGAGAUAUAAAAAAAGGAAAUGCAUAAAGUUUUAAAAGAUAUUUUCAUACGUUUUUGCACGUAACUCUUAGCGUCAUCGAUGAUCUGCGUCGUAGUUUUAAUACAUUUUGGCGGGAAAUAGCCGAACGAGCUUUAGGCUAUUUUGUCGUGCAUUUCAUACGUGGACAUGAAAAAAUAUAUACGUUAACAUAACGGCUAUUUCCCGCGUAAAACACGCCGCUAUUACGAUUUAACGUUAGCGUUUUUAUAUGUAAGUGAAUUCACGACCAAUAAUUGUAACUUAAAUGUGACAAGAUACUUGAAUUAUUUCUUAGUGAACUGAUAAUAAUCGUGACUGAGUGUUUCAACAGUUUGUCUGUUUGGGCUUCCAGUAUACUAAACUAUUUUUAUUUUAAUGCCCCAUAUAUAUAUGUAUGUGUAUAUUUUUCUUUUAAUUUUUACCAUCCAGUCUACCACGAACCCUGUCGUCUAAACUUCACAGAUAACAAAAAUGUCGCAAACCAGUGAUCCUUAGAAAUGAUAGACUAGUUUUUUCUUUGCACUGUAUAUAAAGAUUCGAUAUUUUUAAAAAAUUAGUUGCCUAAGUAGGUAUUAGUAUUUAUUAUCACAAUUUUAAUUAUUCACUUAGUGAUGAGUUAGUGAUUCUCAAAUGUCAAUCAUUGACAGUUUUUUUUUUUUCGUUCUUUUGCACUUACUUCAUUCACAUUUAUUUAUCAAUUAAUUUACAUAUUAAAAUGAAUUUGUAUGUAUUUUAAUAUUGUUUGGCUGAGUUUAUUUUGAAUCCUUUUACUAGUGAUAUAUAUUAACAGAGAGAAUUUUAUAAAUUUUCUUUGCGGUUCCUAUGUCUGCGAUGAUAUGAUUCAAAGCAAUAAUUCGUGGAUGUGACUUUCCGUUAACUUUUAUAGAUGAUCUAUAGAUCCUUUGAUAGAAAGAUAGAUCGACUGCCUUAACAUUUUUAGUCUUUUAGAUAUUUUCCCAUAUAAGCAUCGGUGUUUCACAUGAUUUCUCCUUAAAAAAUAUUUUUGAUCCCUCGUUUGACAAUGUUCAAUGUUUCUUAGAUCGGACGGUGAUAGAGCUACAAUACAAAAUGUUAGAUUGUAUGUAUUAUUUAUAGUAUAUUGAGAAUAUUUUAUAGCUAAAUAUAAAGAACAAUGCCUGAUAAAUUGUGCCCUAAAACGUGUGCCGUGGUUGGAGGUGUGUGACUAUUGCGUAUGUUAGUGCUAGAGUGCGCGGCGAGCCUCUGGAUGGGAACUAUACGAUCAGUUUUUCUGCCUCCAUGUGACGCGAAAUGAGUUCGUUUUUUUCGUUUUUAAAUUAUUAGUUAAAGGUAUCGGUUUCAAUCCGAUGUAUAGUCUCUUGUAAAUUUCUGUGUAUAGAUGGGAAAAUUAAUAUAUGUUACGAAUAAAGUAAUUGUUUUUUUCAUCUUUUUUUUUUUAAUUGGAGUUGUCGAAUAUGCCGCGUUGUAUAUAGUGGGUCGCGCUGCUGUAACGGGCUCCUGUAGGAUUAUGCCUUGUACUGUAAUAUAAAGUAUGACUCGCAAGCUUGUACCAUAUAAUUAUAGUGAAUGGACUCCUCAAAAAACUAGUUAUGUAUAUUGGGUGUAUAGUUAUCCUUUAGUUUUUGUUUUUUUUUUUUUCGACUAAUGAUAGUAAUUUAUGCUGAUAAAAAUAUCUAUAUUAUACAUUUAUAUAUCUAUAAAAAAGAGAAAUACAAAUAGUUUAAACACUAUAAAUAUAGGCUAGGGGUUACACCACACAUGAGAUAGCAUAUAGUUUUGGUAUGUAAACAUUUAAUAACUUGUAAAUAAACCGCAGAAAUAGUGAAUAAAUAAAGAAUUGAUACAAUAAAAUUUAACUUUAUGUUAUUGUAAUAUUUUUUCUAGUACGUGUUGUUAGAUGCCGCGCUCGUGCCUGUGCGCACGCGCGCGGCGCGUUAGGUCAAUGAUAGCGCCUGUACAUUUUUUUGUUGCUGGCAAUUAAUGAAGUUGCAACUAUCCUUUUUUAAUUGUGCAUUAUUUUUUCUGUAAGUUGCUUUCUCUGUCGUUCUUCAUUAUUUUUAAAUCAUAUAAUUAUAUUCAUAAAGUACGAUGAGUCAUGGUGAAUUAUUAUCAUAUUAUUAUGAAUGAAAAGAAAUAAGGAAUAUUAUUGUUCUGCUAUUAUUAAAUUUGUAAAGUUAGUUUAU